UUACUUUCUCUUUCUUUUYGAUAAAUUUUCUACAAUGGCUGGAGGCAAAAAGCUUACGAAAGAAGACGAAUUAUUGCUUCAAAACUUCAGUAGAAACGUCUCUACGAAGUCGAAUGUUCUUUUCUAUGCAAAUGCUCUGAUUGUGUCAGCUAUUCCAUUAUGGCUGUUUUGGCGAAUUCAUCAAAUGGAUCCCUAUUCGUCUGGUAUUCUUUUUGCAGUCAUGACAUUAGUUAGUACUUGGCUAGUUGCUUUUGCCUACAAGAAUGUUAAAUUCCAGCUGAAACACAAAAUUGCACAAAGAAGAGAUGGGGCCAUAACAAAGGAAGUCUCCCAGGAAUUGGAUCCCAACAAAAAGAUGUCCAGACAGGAAAAAGAUGAACGCAUUUUGUGGAAGAAAAAUAAAGUUGCUGAUAUGGAAGCUAUGACAUUCUCCAUCUUUUACAACAAUGCCUUGUACCUAUUCCUGGUCUUGUUUGCUUCRUUCUAUGCUUUGAGAUCCUUCAACCCCUCAGCGAACUAUUUGAUAUCUACCUCUGCUGCAAGUGGUAUCUUGGCUCUUCUCUCAACUGGCACAUCAUCAUCUUAACUGUGUAAUGCAUGUUACAGUGAAAGCAUGUCCACUAGAAUCAGAGCAUUAUAAUAAAUUGUUUUAUUGUUA